AUUCAGACAGAUCUCGUGACUUGAGGAUCCAAAAUGGCAGAAUGUUGCAAGGUGGCUUUCAAGGUCUUCGCCAUUUUUUUCGUGCUUUGCUCAUUCCAGAAGCUAUCAUUGGCAUCCUACAGACUGACACGUACAGCUUACGAUGAGAUUUUUAAAAAGUUAGGUGUCUCUCUUGAGUCACUUCCAAAUAUCUCUUUCACUUUGAACGUUUCCGAGGAAUGCAAGGAAACUCUGACGAAUCUGCCCUCAAAGCCUGACUUUACACAAUACCUAGAUGCCCUUGGUAAACCUCAAAGUGGAUUUCUAUUGGGAAAUUUUGGUUGGUUAGGAUCCUAUAGUGAAUGCACAAAGACCAUCAGUGAUGCACACUAUUGCCUAGCUUACAUCUCAUUAAAUAAGACUGUGCCCAUACAUUGGGGUGUCUGUGCGCCAAAACAAUGCAGUGAAGAGGAUGUAACGAAAGCUCUACAAGAAAUCUUUACAGGUGGCAAUGAGUCGAUCGUGAGCUUGGACCCUCAGCCAGUCAGUUUCAUCGGAGAUAAAUCCCAUAAGAAACCUGUUUUCUGUAAUAAACCUUCGGAAUACACAACGGGAGUAAAGUUAACGCUGAUUUUAAUUGGCUUAGUCUUGCUUCUCUGUCUGGUUGGAACCAGCUUGGACAUAGCUAUUGGCUUUAUGAAACCACACUCCACACCUGUCAACAAAAGUGAUGGCUUCAUGCCGGUCAGAGGGGCCUCCAUGGCAACAGACCAUGAUACCUUCAGUGACAGCUCAAAUCUAAUCCACUCUUCCACAGUUUCCUCGAGUUCAAGGCCAAUUUUGUCGAGCCUUCCUCAAGAACCCGCUAAGCCAAAUUUUGUGUCGCGAUUCUUGUUAUGUUUUUCAUGGAUCCAAAAUACAAAUCGUAUCAUGGAUACCAAUGUCCCUCCCAGUGCCAUCACAUCAAUUAAUGGUAUGAGAGUGCUAAGCAUGUGGUGGGUCAUCUUAGGACAUCUCUUCUCCGUACAAAUGAUAACAUCUAUUAGUAAUUUGAAGUUAUUUACGAACAUUAUUCAUCGGUUCACAUUCCAAGCGGUUGGCAAUGCAACCUUUUCAGUGGAUACUUUCUUUUUCCUCAGGUACGUUCUGCAUCUUUUAGUCCUGAAACCAUUUUCGAGGUCAUCUUAAACCCUGAAUAAAAUCCAAUGUAAACGCAUUUUUGUAAGUUUGUCUCCAUAUUAUUUUAUUUCAUCAAUUCUUUACAGGUUGACUCCAACUUACAUGUUCGUUUUGCUGUUUUUCGAUAAAAUGACGCCAUUCUUGGGCGAGGGUCCGAUGUGGUAUACAUUGCAGGCGGGCAACACUUGCGGCAGUUACUGGUGGACUAAUCUUCUCUACAUCAACAACUUUUAUCCCACUAAAUUUUCAAUUUCGUGUAUGGGCUGGUCCUGGUACUUAGCUAAUGAUAUGCAGUUCUAUAUCAUCUCUCCUGCUAUCCUCUUCACGGCAUACAGAUUCCGCUUGCGGGGACUGCUUCUCAUUGUUGCUGCGUUGAUGGGGAUCAGUUUUAUCACAACAGCUAUCUUAUAUGCACAUUAUCAUCUUGCUGCGGUUCAGUUAAGUCCUGCAGCUACUGCUGAAGCAGCGGCUGGUAUUGAUUCUUCGUCUCUCACAUAUGUCAAGCCCUACUGUCGAAUUGCACCAUAUCUUGUUGGUAUGGUGUUGGGUUACCUACUUGUUCACGCAAAGAAUUGGAAGCUUCCCUCAAAGACCAACAUGCGCUUGCUGAACAUGGCUGGUUGGUGUGUGGCUAUUGCCCUCGCUCUGUCGACGCUUUAUGGCGAAUACAAAGCUUUACGAAAAGACCAUCCUGAACCUUUCUCUCGCGCCGAGAAUAUCACAUACGGGACAUUUUCCCGCUUUGCAUGGAGCUUGGCCUUAGCCUGGGUGAUUUUUGCUUGUCAAAACGGAUUUGGUGGUUUGGUGAAUAAAAUUUUGUCAGCUCGGUUCUGGAUUCCAUUAAGCCGUCUGACUUACUGUGCGUACCUUGUCCAUAUAAUUGCUAUUGUUGCACUCUAUGGAUCGUUCGAGACUGUGCAAGCAUAUUCUGAUGUCCACAUUUCCAUCUCUUUUGUUGGAGUGGUCGGUAUUUCAUAUGCAGCCGCUUUCGUGGUGUCAGUUUGCGUGGAAUUUCCCAUGAUGCAGUUAGAGAAGCUUAUUUUUGAUCGUUGAUUUCUGAGGUCGUUUUCACUUGUCAUAUUGCGCCAUACAAUUAAAUGCUAAUUCUCGGUCUUAUAGCCAGAAAUUAACGAAUCUCGAAAUGCAGAAAAAUGAUAACAAACUGAACCGAAAUCUUGUCAUCAAACCUCAUAACACAAUCUUUUAAACUUUCUGAAACAUCAUCCUUGUUUCCUGAGAGGUCCUCAACAUUAACUUCAUGGUUCGCAUGUUGUUAGAAAGCGUAGUAAAUCAAGGCCACAACUCAACCUCACACAUUUAGCAAUUAUCAUCGUGCGAUAGAGCUUUUAUUAUUUUCCUUCUCAGAUAAAUAUCGUUGUAUUUCCAAGUCAAGUGACCUUGCGUACGAAAUUAAAAACAGAAUUUCGAAUUUUGAGGCCAUUUACGAUUAAAAGCGAGAUUGAGCUGCUUGAUGGUGGGGGCGUUUCGAAAGACGUCCAUUCUAGAGACUAACUUUUGUUACCUUGCAAGUCUUGUUAACUUUUGUAUUUAACGAUUAAAUCUUGCACUUAUUUGUCAGUGGCUUCAAAAUGUUAAUUAUAGUUAAUCUUACCGCGACAGUUUUAUGUGUUUACCAAAACAAGUUACAUGGCUAUGCAGAGGGCCUAAUACCCAUGUCUUGUACUGUUAGCUUGGUACUUCAUAUCUAACUUUUGUAAGUAAUAAAGCAUACGAGUAAGGGCUUAAGCCCCUUUUUAACCCCUGUAAACAUUACUUGUAACAUCGCAUCUGAGGAUAUGAGUAUUAUGAUGCAUAAUAAAGGGGACGUUUACGUUUGGUGAUAUAAA